GGUUUAGACCUGAUGAGUUCAAGACCAAUAGGUUGCCAGGACACUAGGGGGAGACACUCUAGGUUAAAUAUACAGUUGUAAUGGUGAAUAAGAUAGGCAGAAGAAGAAUAAAUGUUAAAACGGAUACCAAGUCGUCACGCUUGUUAUUGAACAACACAACAUGGUGUCAGAAGCGGGGACAUUAAGCUGCGGACUUGGGACAGCGUGCAAUGUCAAGAUCCCGUAAGCGACGACGAAAGAGAAAGAAAAGAGAAAAGUUACCGUUAAGCAUGGAAGACGAGCAAGCACCUGUUGCGCCUGGCGGGCAAGGAGCUGCUAACGCUAACGCUAUCCCCACAGCGACAUUUACCAUCAAGCCUCCGGAAGCCUUUGACUUCGCUAAACCACACGAAUGGCAGAAAUGGAUUCGACGGUUCGAGCGUUUCAGACUGGCAAGUAACCUAAAUAACUCCACUGAGGCUAACCAAGUGAACACAUUAGUCUACUGCAUGGGGGAUGAGGCCGACGACGUGCUACGAGGGUUAGUGCUUACAAAUGAGCAGCGUCAGCAAUACGAUGCAGUGAAGACAGGAUUCGAUAAAUAUUUCGUUCCAAAGAAAAAUGUGAUUUACGAACGGGCCAAGUUUAAUAAAAGAGUGCAGCAGCCUUCAGAAACAGUGGAUGCAUUCCUCACGUCACUUUAUGCGCUAGCAGAGAGCUGUGAGUAUGGUGAACUGCAUGACGAACUUUUGAGAGAUCGCUUGGUGGUUGGACUUAAAGAUUCCACACUGUCUGAGAAAAUGCAGCUCGACCGGGAACUCACUCUCACCAAGGCGGUUACGAUGGCUAGGCAGUCAGAGGAAGUAAAGCGGCAGCAGACCGACUUGAGGGGAGAGUUGAGCACUGCUAGUAAAGUAGCCGUAGAUGCAUUGCACAAAAACAAAGGAAAAGCACCAAAUGCAAAACAAUUUAAAGCAAAAGGACAGACUCAGGGAAAUCAAAAAAAUAAGAAAAUGGCGCAGACUGCAACAGAACAUAAAGCAUGUCACAAAUGUGGAAAAUCACCACCUCAUCCUGCUGUUCAGUGUCCAGCAAAGACUGCUGAAUGCCACAACUGUGGCAAACGAGGACACUAUGGGAGAGUGUGUAGACUAGCCGGCACAGUGAAUGAGCUCGCAGAGGACACAGAUGGAUCAUUCAUGGAUGGAUUGUUCCUAGGAGUGGUGUCUUCCGGUGAAGAGCCAUGGACAGCUGAUGUAGCUUUAAGAGGCAGCAAAGUAACUUUUAAAAUAGAUACUGGCGCCGAUGUAACAGCCAUACCCGAGCGAAUCUACAAAACUCACAUGCAUGGAGAUAAAGAGCUAAGCGGAGCCCUGAAACAGCUGUAUGGUCCUGGUGGUGCGAAACUGACGGUCCUGGGGUCAGCCACCGAAACACUCACAUAUAAAGACAGGAGCAUUACAGAGAAAAUCUACGUCGUCAAAGAUCUGCACAUGGGUCUAUUGAGCAGGCCAGCUUCAGUAAGACUUAAACUGGUAGCUAGAGUGGACGCCAUAGACCAAGAGACAGUAAGAACGGCGUAUCCUAAGCUCUGUGACGGACUUGGGUUGGUCCAGAAGCCCUACACUAUAAAACUCAAGCCGGAUGCCAAGCCUUUCUCUCUUAAAGUACCACGGCGAGUACCACUGCCUCUCAUGGGGAAGGUGAAGCAGGAGUUAGAGCGAAUGGAAAAGCUUGGUGUCAUCAGCCGUGUCGAGGCACCAACAGAGUGGUGUUGUGGCAUGGUUGUAGCUCCUAAAAAGAAUAAAGACGAAGUCCGAAUCUGCGUGGAUAUGACACCUUUGAACCAGUCAGUGUGCAGGGAAAAGUUCAUUUUGCCGUCUGUUGAACACACCCUAGGCAUGCUCACAGGGGCCCAGUACUUCUCAAAGCUCGACGCAAACAUGGGCUUUUGGCAGAUACCACUGUCGAAAGAAUCUGCCCUCUACACCACCUUUAUUACGCCAUUUGGGCGUUACCACUUCAACAGGCUACCUUUUGGAAUAAGCUCCGCCCCAGAGCACUUCCAGAAUAGGAUGACAUCAGAAGUCACGGCAGGCCUGGAUGGUGUUGUCUGCCAUGUGGACGACAUCCUCAUCUGGGGAGCUACAAAGGAGCAGCAUGAUGCCAGAGUACAUGCAGUCCUGGAGCGAGCUGAAAAGGCAGGUGUCACGCUGAACAUGGCAAAGUGCGAGUUUGGGAGACGAGAGGUGAAGUUCUUAGGGCACAUCAUCUCAGCAGACGGGGUGAAACCUGAUCCUGAAAAAACAAAAGCCGUACAAGACAUGAGAGAACCAACCAACAUAAGUGAGCUGAGGAGCUUCCUUGGAAUGGUGAACCAGCUUGGAAAGUUCAUCCCAAACCUGUCUGAGAAGGACAAACCGCUAAGAGAACUCCUGUCUAAGAAGAACAUGUGGUACUGGGGACACAACCAGCAAAAAGCGUUCUGCAGUCUGAAACUCGAGCUGACCUCUGCACCAGUUCUCCAACUGUACGACCCCAACAGCUCUCUUAAGAUAUCUGCAGAUGCCUCAUCCUAUGGGCUAGGGGCGGUAUUGUUGCAGAAGAAGGCAGAGGUGUGGUUACCAGUCGCGUAUGCUUCCAGGUCGCUGACAGAAACAGAACAGCGAUAUGCCCAGCUAGAGAAAGAAGCAUUAGCGUUGACAUGGGCCUGCGAGAGAUUUAGCGAUUUCAUUCUAGGACUACACUUUGAGCUCGAAACUGACCAUAAACCUCUGGUGAGCUUGCUUGGAGGUCAGGCUCUGGAUGCUUUGCCACCACGAAUACAAAGGUUCAGGAUGCGCCUAAUGAGGUACUCCUACUCCAUCUUCCAUACACCUGGGAAAAGCCUCACCUCCGCUGAUACUCUCUCACGUUCUCCACUGAAAAAUGCAGUGACCAGAAGUGACAAUGACUUAAUGGAGGACACAAAUAUCUAUGUGGAGUCUUUGCUGGACAACCUCCCGACCAGCGGCAGGUACCUGACAGAGCUCCGUGAACAGCUACAGGAUGAUAGUGUCUGCGCACAUGUCAUGCGAUACUGUGUGGAUGGAUGGCCUGACAGGAACCAGUUGCAAGGGCCCGUCAAACACUACUGGCACGAGAGAGCAGCUUUGAGUGUGCAUAAUGGACUACUCCUGCGUGGCUCAAGGUUAGUCAUACCUGCGAACAUGAGAGACGAUGUUCUUGAGAAAAUUCACGAGGGCCACCAGGGGGUAGUGAAAUGCAGGGAGAGGGCUAGUCAGACUGUAUGGUGGCCUGGACUGAGCAAUCAGAUACGGGAGCUGGUGCUCAAAUGCAGAGAAUGCAUCAAAGAGAGAGUUAAUCCAAAAGAGCCCCUGAUACCAACCAUACUUCCAGAUAGGCCUUGGCAAAAACUAGGGGCGGACCUUUUCAUUUUGAAAGAAAAGACUUACCUUUUAGUGGUCGAUUACUUCUCACGAUACAUAGAGAUAGCUCAGCUCAGCCCUACAAGAUCUAUGGACAUUAUUGUUCAUCUCAAGUCAAUGUUCGCACGCCACGGUAUUCCUGAGACCCUUGUAAGUGACAACGGUCCACAGUUCUCUGCACAUGAGAUGAAGGCGUUUGCAACUGACUAUUGCUUUGAGCAUAUAACAAGCAGUCCUAAAUAUCCACAGAGUAACGGCGAAGCCGAACGUGCGGUUCAAACCGUCAAACUCUUGCUUAAGAAGACCAGAGACCCCUACCGAGCCCUGUUAGCUUACAGAGCGACACCCCUGAGUAAUGGUUACAGCCCUGCUGAAUUGCUCAUGGGACGGCGCCUGCGCACUACACUGCCUAUCCUGCCUGAGAGGUUGCGUCCAACGCUUCCAGACCUUCAAGUGCUUCAGCAGAAAGAGAGGGAGAAGAGAUGGGCAGGUGCAAAGUGCUUCAACAGCAGACACAGAGCACGAGAUCUGGGUAAGCUGUCACCUGGAGACAACAUCUGGAUUUCCGAUGCAGCGGAAGAAGUGACCCUCUGUUACCUGAGUGUGUGAUUGGUUGCAGGAUCACAUUUCUGAAAUGGCCAGAAGGCUGUGUCACUGCAGUGUGAUGUGUACUGCCGUUGUUGCCACGGGCCAACAAAAAAUAUUGUGCACAUUAAUCUUUCCAUCUUCAUCGUGGUUGCUUCCAAGUCACUCCAUUUGCCUUCCUCAGCAGGAUGAUGGCUGUGCUGAGUCACUGCAGCUGGCAACAUCACCAGCCAACACUCCUACUAAGACAAACACAUGUAGUCUUCAGUUCUAGUAAACUGAUUUGCCCUAAUCCGUCUCAUUUUGUGUUAAAAGACCCUUUUAGACACAAUUUGCAAUUUAUGUUUCACCGUUUGAUCUCCCUCUAUAGGUCAGUUCGUAUCAUAUCACAUGAUUUAAGACUUACGCACUGCACAGUAUAAUCUAUGUUUAUGUUGUGUAUAAACGGGCGUAGGUUCCUCUCUCUGGACUGGACAGCUUAUAAAGAAUGUGAGCCCAGUGGCCCAACUGCUCUGCCUGCAUGUCUCUAUUCACUCUGCCAUAAUAUAUAUCCAUAUUCAUUAGCCAGAGAUUCACCGCUCUGCAGACCAAACACUGCAGGCUACUUCUUUGCACACUGAGCCAGUUCGCUUGUUUGUUAAUUUGUUUGUAUAACUCGAACGAGCCAAAACUCAGAAAGACCAGAGCACGUCUUGUGAAUGCUCAUGGGAAUAUGUAACUGUAGGCAUUUUGAAUACGUGGGCGUUAGUGGUUUUUGUUAAAGUGUUGUGCUCCCGCGGAUCUGCUGUGAAAUGUCAGAGACGCCGUUUCUGUUGUUGCAUCAUCGGAUCAGCAGCCUCGUCCUCUGUGCUGCCCGUGGGACAUGAAAGGACACACACACACCCCACACACACCUUGACCGUGCACCCCACAGUUUCAA